AUGGAGGUUGGUGGACGAAAAUCAGACGAUGCCUCAACAGACUUUGUUUUACAUUGUCAGCCGUGCCUGGAGGACGGACGAGAGAUCAGCGCCAAUGGUUUCUGCAAAAUUUGCAAGGAGUUUAUGUGUGAUCCUUGUAUAUCUGCCCACAAGAGGUUCGCUAUGUCAAGAAACCAUGUAAUCCUAACGAAAGAUAAAAUGCCUUCUUUUUAUACGAACAAAGACAAGGCUGAUUUUUUGCCCACCGAACACACUAGUGAAAUGAUAAAGUUUUAUUGUCCAACCCAUGAUGACCUUGGAUGCUCAGACUGCGUUGUGUUACACCACAUAACUUGUAAGGUUGAGUAUUUGUCAGAGACAGCAAAGCAAUACAAAGACUCCGAGGAGUAUAAAACACUAAACGAAAACAUUUCACACAUGGAAACUGUGCUUUUCGCUUUGAACAACGAAGUAAACGAUUCCGAAGCGUUCAUAUCAGAAAACACAAAAGAAGAAAUACAGAAACUGAGGACAUUUAGGGCACACAUAAAUCUUGUUCUGGAUACAAGAGAAAAUAUGUUGCUGAAAAGUAUGAAAGAAAAUGAGAUCAAACAAAAAGAAAUACUUUCAAAAUUGAGAGAUGAAAUAAAAGGCUUAAAACAGACUCUAGCAGAAACGACAACAGACAUGCAAACGACAGAAAAACAGUCACACCAGCACUUCAUUCAUGCGAAAAUGGCCAAGAAGCAACUUGUGAAGCUGCAAGGAGAAAUCAAUAAGAUCAACGCAGAUAUAAUUUUGGACACGUCUGUUCGUUGCACAUUUUGGACAGACAAACACACUGAAGCUCUGAUCAACUCUUCAGACUUCUUCGGACGUGUCGACUUCUCCAAUGAAGGAAUAACAUCAGAGACAGACAUCGAUCUAUCUACUGUGGAAUGGAUAAAAGAUGCCGAGCUGGACAUUUUAUGCACAGAAGACAUACUUAGACAUGGGAUAACAAGUUCCGCUCUUGUGGAACCAGGAAAAUGUCUUCUGGUCGACGAUUUUAAUAAAUGUCUUAAACUGGUAGAUAUCAACGACAACAAGGUCUUGUCACGAAUUAAAUUGCUUGGAGGCCCUUGGCAGGUGUGUGCCCUCCCUAGCGGCCACGCAGCUGUUGCUCUUCCAGAUAAAUGCAAAGUACAAAUUGUGAGCGUUAAAAACGAUUCAGUAGUUGCUGGUAUACAUUUUGACAUAUCCGGUUCAUGCUAUGGACUAGCUUACACUGAUAAAAGCCUUUUUGUAACCUACAGACAAAAGAAAAAUGCACCAGCACGCUCGUAUGUAGAAAGACUAUCGAUGACUGGAGAAGUGUUGCAAUCGAUGACAACAAAUGCUUCAUCUCCACAUUAUCUAACCAUUAGCUCUUCUUCAACUUACUUGUCUGAUUCUGCUGUUAAACGAAUCUAUCAACUUGAUUUCAACGGAAGUUUGCUGAGCACAUAUGACGACCCGUCACUAUGCUGGCCAUCUGAAUCCAUCAACGUCGGAAAGGAACGAAUACUAGUGUUUGCUCGCCGUCCUCGUCAUAUAGUUUUGAUAAAUGGAAAGGAGAGGAACCUAAAAGUUAUCUUAUCGUUAAAAGACUUUGGGUCCCAGAAUGACCCGGACAAUUUAUCAUUCUGUCCAGUGAGCAGAAAACUUCUGGUUGGAUUGGAGGUUUUCAGUGCUGUUAUUUAA